AGUAUUUUAUAUACCUUGGCGUCAGCAAUUUUGUUUACGAGUGUGUGGACACCAGUGGUGUGGACUCACGAAAAGAACUUUUUGAAGCGGAUCGGUCUUCAAUUACGACGCCGCAGUGAACCAUGGUGAUGGGGGCAUCCCAAAUCACCAAAGAAAAUGGAAAAUCGUCUGUGUCGCACUCGGCCGGCAAAGGGAAAACCACGCUGGCGCAGGUCACCUUACUGGAUGGCACACUUCUAGACUGUCACAUCGGGAAGAACACAACCGGCCAGGAUGUGCUGGAUGAGGUCGCCGCACAUCUGGACCUCUUGGAGAAGGACUAUUUCGGCCUCGUCUACAAAGACAAACAUGCGGAUCGGAAUUGGCUGAUGAUGGACAAACCCGUCAAGAAGCAGAUCAAAGAUGAGCCGUGCCAGCUGCGGUUUGUGGUCAAAUUCUACCCACUGGACCCGAGCCAGCUGGCCGAGGACAUCACCCGCUACCAGCUCUGUCUGCAGAUCAGGGAUGACAUCAUCACCGGCAGCCUACCCUGCUCAUUCGUCACGCACGCCAUGCUCGGCUCGUUCCUGGUUCAGUCGGAGCUGGGCGACUACGAUCCCUCCGAGCACCGGCCCGGCUACCUCUCCGGCUUCCAGCUGGCGCCCAAUCAGACGCCCGAGCUGGAGGAGCGCGUGGCGCACCUGCACAAGACGCUCAGGGGCCUGACACCGGCCGAGGCCGAGCUACAGUACCUGGAGAACGCCAAGAAGCUGGCCAUGUAUGGCGUGGCCCUGCACCCGGCCCGAGACUCGGAGAACUUUGAGAUCAUGCUGGGCGUGUGCGCCUCCGGAAUAAUGGUCUUCAGGGACAGGCUGCGUAUAAACAGGUUCGCAUGGCCCAAGAUUCUGAAGAUUUCCUACAAGCGUCACAACUUUUACGUCAAGGUUCGUCCGGGCGAGUUCGAGCGUCAGCUAACUACCAUCGGGUUCCGGCUGAACACCCCCGCCAAGGCCAAGCAGCUGUGGAAGACGUGCGUCGAGCACCACACCUUCUUCAGGCUGAUGGCCCCGGAGGCGCCGCGCCGCUCCAGCCUGCCGCGGCUCGGCUCCCAGUUCCGGUACUCUGGCCUCACGCAAUACCAGACCCGGCUGAGGGCCCAGCAGCUGGACCGACCGGCGCCGCAGUUCCAGCGAUCCUGGAGCGCCGGCGGAGCGCACCCUGUCCGGGGCGGUGACGGCGAUGGCCACAGUCGGAAGUCGGCGGCGCUGCAGCAGGAGAAUACCGCGCCCGCCAACCACCAGCCGCCGCCCAAGGAGCGGGGCGAUCGUCGGGAGCGCGCCGCCAGUCUCUCGGACUCGGAGUGGUCGCUGUCGGGCAGUGAGGAGUCUCUGCCGCGGCUGGCGGCCCGCACGCCCUCGGAGGCGUACCUGGCGGGCGUGCACCGCCGCGCGGGCCGCCCGGACCGCCGCUACGACUCGUCCCACGCGCUCGGCGAGGAGUGGUGGCCGGAGGAUGAGCCGCGAGACGUGGCGGCGGUGCUGACCGCCUCUCAGCCGGCGCUGCACUGGGCCGCCGGAGACGCGGUCACCUGGCAGCGGCCCCAGCGCGCCGACGGACCGCCGCCCGUGCCCGUCAAGACUGCCGACGCGUACCGGACGCCGUGGAGCGACGACGAGACGCUGUCGCUGCCGGAGCUGCCGCCGCAGCCGCAGACGGGGCGCCGCCGCCGCCGCCGCCGUCGGCGCCGCGCGGCUGAGGACGAAUGGCCCCCGCCGGCGGUGGUGGCUCGCGAUGAGCCCCAGCUGGGCUCGGCAGUGCGCGGCUUCACGCUGGUGACGGGCGGCGCGCCCAUGGUGGCCGUGCAGGGAGCGGACGUGUCGCGACCCGAGGGAGCCGGCGGAGGAGGAGGAGGUGUGGGGCCCGUGCGCGGCCCGGUGGCCGUCUCCAGCGGCCGGCGCCGCCGCUCCUGGGGCGCCGGACCGCCGCGACUGCCCGUCCAGGGCGUCUCCGUGGGUGGACCGGCCGGCCGCCGGCGCCGCCCGCCCAGUACCUCCUCGGACGGCGGUGGGAAGGUGGCCUCGCCAGCCGGACCGCCCGGCCAGCGACACCGGCAGUCCGGAGGCGUCGCCGGCCUCUCGCUGGGGUCAGUUGGAGGUCAGUCGGGCCGCCGUCGCCGCCGCCGCAGGGGCGGCCCCCCAGAGAUCAGUCAGGAGCUACCGCCAGAGGGUCUGGAGCUCGAGCAGCCACCAACACCGGCGUCCGGCACCCAGACACCAGAGCACGUACCCGCUAAAGCGCGCGAGGCAGCUCCAGCACAAACGCCGCCCCAGAUGAUUACAACGCAGCCGGAGUCUGCAGCUGAGCCGUCGAAGAGAGCGCCAACUCCAGAGCACCUGCCUCCCAAACCUCAGGAGGCUGCGCCGACUGAGAUGGCACCGCCGCCGCCGACGGUGGCUCAGCUGGAGCCGACAUCUGAGGUGGACAGCGGGCCGGCGCCAGCUCUGCCGCCGCGGGCGCCGUCCGCGGGUCGACAGCGCGGCCGCCAGGGCCGGCGGCCCGUGUCGAUGGCUGCGACCCACAUGGCCGCGCCGAGGCCGGCCGAACAACAGAGACCCCUCUCGGGGUCGAUGUGGGGAGAGCAGCACCAGCAGCCGGGGUCACAGCUCGCCGAGCAGCAGCACCUCUCAGACCCGCAGCUCUCCGGUCCGGCCGGCAAACACAGCGGAAAACCGGGCCUCUCGCGGUUCUGGAAAGGUACAGAUAAAAGCCCCAAACGCCACAAAGAUGAAAAGAAGGACGAACAGAAGACCGAUAAGGAGGAAAGAGACGACAAGAAGGAAAAGAAAGACGAAAAGAAAGAAAAGAAGAAGGAAAAGGAGGAGAAGAAGAGUGAAAAGAAGGCCGCCAAGCUGGGGAAGGAGUCUGACGGCGUCAGUAAGAUGUUCCUCUCGCUGUUCCCCGCUCCGCCCAAGAAGCGGCCCGUGUCGGGUGAGGAGCAGCUGCCUCCUGUCGUCUCCCAGGAGGCUCCUGACGACUCCCUGAGCCGACAGCCGGCCCCAGCCGAGCUCAGCGUCGACGACGGUCCGGCCGACGAGACGUUCUCCACUGGCGGCGUCAUCAGUGACGACUCCAUCGACGAGGUGUAUGACGUGGAGGCGGCUGAGCGCGCCCUGGUGCGGGACGGCGGCGGCGGCGGCGGCCCGGCGGAGCGGCCGGGCGCUCCGGGAGCCGGGGAAGCCGAGCCGAGCGGCUGGCAGCGGCCGCUCCCGCCCGCUGCCGAGGAGAGUGUCGUCACGGCCGCCGAUGAGAGCACGGCGGGCCUGUCAGCGGCACCAGUGGCACUGGACUCGCGCCGCGAGCCGGAGAGGCAGUCGUUCCGAGCCGAGGUUCAUCACGACCGGCCGCAGGACGAUACCGAUGAGGAGGAUGGGGCCGCGCAGGACCCGCGCGCCGCCGGAGAGGCGCCCGAACAUAUGGAGACGGCCGCGUUCGGCUCCGAACCCGUGCUCGCCGAGGCGGAGACAAAACGUGACAAACGCAAAAGCUGGCAUCUAUUCCCGAAAAAGGACAAAGAUGAAGCUGUUUCGAAGAGAAGAGACAGUUUCGACUCAAAGGCAACAACUGGCGAAGAUGAGAUGCGUAUGGCAAAGUCGCUCGGUAAUCUGAGUGAGAAGAACUCCCAGGACAAGAAGAAACCCUUCUGGAAGAGUCCGGCCCUGUUCCGUAAGAAGAAGAGCGGCGACGAGCUGGGUGUGGUACGCAGCGUCACAUCGCUGGACGACCAGCAGGGGCCAGUUGUGGUGCCCCUGGCGGACGGAUCUCUCGGUGAUAGCCAGCCGGUGCUGGACGGUGAUGAUCAGAUGGCUGAGAGUCUGUACUCGCGCACCGUGGCGCGGCCGGAGGUCAGUGUCGGCGCCCCGGAGCUGCUACCGAGCGAGGUGCGCCAGCGGCCGGCCAAGAAGCCCGGCCUGCUCACCACCGGCGGACGGAUCUUGUCCAUCCUGACGGGCGCCAACAGUGGCCGCAGCCGGGACUCGGCGCUGGAGCCGGAGGCGGCGCCGGCUGACAGCGACGACCCGGCGGCGGCUCUGACGGAGCCGGCGCCUCUGUGGCCGCCCGGCGCCAACCCGGCCGUGUUCGGCGGGGUGACGCACGCCGGCGACCUCAGCUGGUCCGAACCCUCCGAGCGCGGCUCGUUUGACGUGCGCGGCUCCCUCAUCUCUGGCGAGUGUCCGCCGCCGUUUGAGCAGGCGCUGAACACGCCGCUGGUGUACCCGCGGCCGAGCCGACCGCCGCCGGCGCCGCCCGGCGUGUCUGACGGACGGGAGGAGCACCACCCGGCCACCGGCACCGGGGCGGAGUCACAGACGGCGUCCCACCAGCCGCCGCCGGCCGAGACGCCGACGGAGCCACCGCCACUGCCUUCAACCGAGCCGCCGCCACUGCCGCUGACUAGACCACCGACGGAGUCUGCAGCGGAACCAGCACUUCUGCCACCGACAGAACUCAGUGUGGAACCCCCGGCACUUCCAUCCUCCGAGCCGCCGCCGCUGCCGCUGAGUGAGCCGCCUGCCGAGUCACCCACUGAGCCGCCGCCGCCCCUGCCGAGUCAGCCGCCGCCUCCAGUGACUCAGGCGCCGCUCCUGACCCCUGUCUCCCCGCCGCCCAGCUCCGUGUCCUCCUGGUCGUCGCCGCCGGCCCUGCGGCCUGAGGAGUCCCGCCGCCGGCCGGCCGGGCCCGACUGCCCGCCGCCGCGGCUGCUCCCCGCUGUGGACGCCGUCCCUCAGUACAGUAGCGUGUACCAGUUGGAGUCCCCGUCGGCCGCCGCCAUCCACCCGCGUUAUGAAAAGGAGACGACCGUGCCCGCCAUGGCACCGUCGUAUGAGCGUCCGACCACGCUGUCGUCUGUAUACAACUUGCCGUCGGCCGCCGCGCCGCUGGGGAGAAGUGGGUCCGUGUCGGAACAGUACGGUAUGGAGCCGGCGCCGGCCGCCGCCUACGAGCAGCGACUGCCGACUCUGGUGCCGUUCGGACAAGAGCAGGAGUACGUCGGACGUAAUAGGGAUUCGCCGCAACAACUGAGCAUGAAGACUUCAUACGACCAGGGCGGACGACCAUAUGACAGCGGAAACCAGCCUUAUGAGCAGGGAAGCCAGCGCUACGAUCAGGGCAACCAGUUUUAUGAUCAGAAUGGCCGCCCUUAUGACCAUGGAAAUCACUCUUAUGACCAGGAAAGCGUCUCUUACGACCAGGGCAGCCAGUCGUACGAGCAAGACAGUCAGUCGACAGUCAACGAUCAGGGCAGCUGGACUUACCACCGGGGCACUCCAACCCCGGACCAGUUCAACCAGUCCUACGACCAAAACAGCUCCUACGACCAGUCUUACCAGUCCUAUGACCAGGAGGGUCAGCCCUGCGAUCACGGAAGCCAGCGUUAUGGUCAGGGUAGCAGGCCCUAUGACCAGGAGGCUUACGAUCAGAGAAGUCAGCCUUACGACCAAGGCAGUCAGUCGUACGACCAAGGCAGUCAGCCGUACGAUCAGGACAGCCGGCCUUACAAUCAGAAUAGCCAGCCGUAUGAUCAGGGUCAGCCUUACGACCAAGGUAAUCAGUCUUACAAUCAGGGUAUUCAGUCGUACGACCAGGGUAGCCAGCCUUACGACCAGAGUAGUCAGCCUUACGACCAGGGUAGCCGGCCGCCGUACGAUCGUGACGCCUCGUCUCCGCGGGCUCCGCCGGACGCCCGUGCGUACGGCGGCGCCUGGUCGCCAGCGAGCGGCCAGCCGACGGUGUACGAGGCCCGCCGCCUGGCCGACAGCCGUCCUCCGCCCCCGCCGCCCGGUACCGUGGUGUACGAGCUGCCGAGCGCCGAGUUCGCAGCGCCAGCAGAGCCCAUCUACGCCAACGACGCGCCGCCGCUGCCGCCGCGCACCCACCCGCUGCAGCAGAGUCGCAGCCGCAGCCGCGCCGGCUAUCAGUUUGAUAAGAGGCCGGUGGGUGGUGUGGCCGUUCUGCCGCCGAUGCAGACCGACUCGGACCGGACCGGCAGGGCCCGCUCCCCGACCGGCGGCCGUGACUUCCAGUACGACACGCCCGGCGCGCUCGGCCCCGUCCACGUGGAGAUGGGUGCCGCCGAGCGCGCGGCGCGCCCCUCCUCUGUCUCUCCGACCGGCCGGCCCGCCGGCGCCUUCAGCUACACACCCGGCCUGCGGGCGGACUCGCCGGAGCUGGCCGGCGCCCGCGAGGCGCUGGUCCACUCGGAGAACCCGCGCGCCGCCGAGGCGGCCGCCGGCGGCGAGCCGCAGCCCGGGCCGUCCCGACGCGGGGGCAGUCUGACCAAGUUUGGCACGAAGCGGCUCUCGACCGGCGACUCGGAGACUCCGAAGGCGGAGGCGGGAGCCGAGAAGCGCGCGAAGGUGGGCGGCCGGCCGGCGGACGCUGCCGUGGACCUGGACAGCACUCUGGAGUCGGACCAGGUGCUGCGCCCGCCACUGGUGCCCGCCGCGGGACCGGGGGACCCCCCGCCGGCGUCAAAGGUGGACGGCUGUGACCCGAUCGUGCGGACCGAGGCGGUCAAAUACGGCCCGGGUGGCGUGGGCGGCGGUGCGCCGGCCAGUCCGCCGGCCAGCGCCGAGCCCCUGGUCACCACAGAGACCAGGAAGUACACGGCGAGCUCGGUGGCCGAGUCGCGGCUGGUACAGAGGGCGCCCGCCGUCCGCAGCAGUGACCUGGUCGACCACGACGCCGCCCUGCGGAGAGCCAUCCAGGAGGCCACCGACAUGAACCCCGACAUGACGGUGGAGAAAAUCGAGAUCCAGCAGCACACGGCCAGCUCGCUCCGCUGAGAGGGAGACGCCUGAGCUUGUUGCCGGGUUCCUCCGUUCCGGCGGACCGGAUUCCUCCGUUCCGGCGGACCGGACAGCCAACUGGAGUCGGGUGCCUCCUGAUACCGGCGGGCCAAACAAUCUGCUGACGCCGCCGAGGUUUCGCCAAAAACUGCCGCUGUAUCAUCCGAGCACAUGACAUGGCGUGGCGCGUGCUGCCUCUAUAUCGCUGCUGAAGUGCGUAUACAUAUGCAAGCUACAUUAAUUUUUUACCUGAAUGCUCGCCAAUGAGAACGGAUAAAGACUAAUAAUUAGGUUGAGUUCUAUUUAAGCAGCGGCUCCAAACGAAAUGGCUUAUAACGGAGCAAGCCUAGGUGCGUUUGCAUUCUGUAUAUGUAUGUGUUUUACGUGUGUCGCAGCUAGUUUGUAGGGGGAUCGUAGCCUACAUUAUCACUGAUGGAGAUUAGAAUCAUUUUCCGUAGCUUUUAUUGCGACGCCGCCCGGAGUGAGGCGCGUAUUGCUUUCCUUUCCAUACCACCGAUUUUCAGGAUUUCCGUCUUACUUUGUGUGUGCUCUCUGUGAAGUGUUCGAUUCGUUUGCUAUGCAAUAUGAUUGCAGUGAGGAGUGACGUCCGCGCAGGUGAGCGCAGAGCCGGUCUGUUGAUUGGGCAUUGUUACGCGGCGGUACGCCCGCUGUGGUGAUCGGGUAUGGGGCGCGCCGGACCGCUCCGGCCGCCCGCGCUGCGCGACUCAGUCUCCUGUCUGUGAACGCCUCACCGCCGCCGGCGGAGGGCCGUGGCCUUUUGAUUUUUCAUGCAAGUCGCAUGAUCAAUCUAGUCCUGCGAUUUGAAUGUCGUAUUUUGGCAAAUUGUUAUGCUAAGCGCGGUAGAGUAACUUGAAUCAAAUAUAGCGAUAAAUGCGUGUUUCUGCUGACAAAUAUCGGCAGCGGCGGCCAUAUUUGUCUACCUACGCCGCGCGGUGUUUAACCGACUGGCCAGUUGAUCAGCCUACGCUGCCGUGUAUUGUGUAUCUGUUACUCCCGCAUGGCCGGUGUUCGCCCGUUUGUGACGUGUGCUGCCGAUCAUUUAUCAAUACAUCCGGCCGAUAUCA